UACCCGUUGUUCUUCAUGAAAACCAACGAUCAUCAGCAUCUUUUGUAUCUAUUCGUGGCCCUUCAAAAUAUUCGGCUAAUAGCCUCUUGAAAAGUGAUGUUCGUGGUCCUUGGUCCCACCAUCCUAGUGGGAAACCUCAAUCUAAGGAAAGUGUUCAACUUCCAACGGGGAUAUCAUCGUCUAUUUCGAUUCUUUCAAAUACAACUUCAUCAAAACCUUCUCAGAGACCUUGGUUUUGGGUCACAGAUUGGCAGAUUGAUCUUACUCAUCCACGUGUAGACUUACAAGGGUGGCAAUACUCUAAAAACUUUGAUGAUCCUGACGUACAUUGGACUGCAUCACCACAAUCAAACAGUAGUGGUUGGGUCCGAAGGAGGAGAUGGGUGCGUGUUAUGAAACGUCGUAUGGAUCUCACUGAAAGUGGAUUACAGCUUGUUUCAAGUAGUGAAAACGAUACUCCGGAUUAUAUUGAAAAGGCUGAAUCUAUUGUUAAAAAAAAUUCUGAUAAUAAUAGUAAAGGAAAGGCCGUUGACCUUUCAUAUUUUGACCAGCUAGCAAGGUAUAGAGAAGCGAUUGAAAUUUUAUCAUCAGGAAUUAAAACCGAUCAAAAUGUACAACGAAAAUCAGAAGCCAUAUCUCUAGUUAGCAGCUUUAUGCAACAUGCAGAAUAUUUAGAGAAUUUGGUAAAGGGAAUGGAUGCUCCUCCACGAAGUCCAAGUCUCCAUGAUGUUCCAAUAACUCCAAAUUUGUCAAAGUCUCCAUCCCCCACUCCAACACCAUUUCGGUCAGAUAUCUUACCAAAGUCCCCAAAAAUAACUGAUACGGGUACAAUUACUAAUCUUAGAGCACCAUCAACUGCAAGCUUUGAGACGAUUGAGAAUCCUUGGACCAAUGCUGUUCAAAGUGAAGAUGUAGGUAUUACUCAACCAUCGAUUUAUGAGAAUAUUGUGUCCCCCACCAGAGUACAUCCUCAAACAAGUGUCAACAUGACGAAUGUCCCUGGACAUUCUAUAUCUACGGGUUAUAAGUGGGAAAAUGAUGAAGAUGUAAAUGAGUGUCGCCGUUGUAAAGUUAGGUUUAGUAUGUUUGUUAGAAAACAUCAUUGCAG